UAGUUUUGUGCAAAUAUCUCUAAUAAGAAAAAAAAUACCAAGGCUUUCGUUAGGGAAAGAAACGAAAAACGGUAAGCCUAUAACUGCCAACCAAAUUCUAUCACAUAUAUUCAUUCCUCCAAACAGAGGAGUAGAGGAACAGAGGUCAGUACCGUAGAGAUACACCAUGGCCUCAUUCACUUCUGUUCCUCUCCCACUUUCUCCUACCUCUCCCGCUGCUCAAAACCCCAAUUUUACUCCUCCUCAGUCCCACUCAUCUCUGACCAUUCCGCCUCCAAAACCCAAAACUCCCACCAUUCGUGCUCGCCUGAGCAAGCUCUGCCAGGAGGGCCAACCCCACCUCGCCCGCCAACUGUUCGAUACUUUGCCUCGUCCAACUACUGUUCUUUGGAACACCAUUAUUAUUGGGUUUAUUUGCAACAACUUCCCAAAUGAAGCGCUUUUGUUCUAUGCCCAGAUGAAGAGAUCUGCCCCUCAAACCAAAUGCGAUUCCUAUACUUAUUCUUCCACGCUCAAGGCAUGUGCUGAUACUCGGAACCUUAAGCUGGGUAGAGCAUUGCACUGCCAUAUUCUGCGGUGUAUUUCGAACCCCAGUAGGAUUGUGUAUAAUUCGUUGUUGAAUAUGUAUGCUGCUUGCUCGCAUGAUUCAAAUUAUUCUAAGUACGACUUGGUUCGUAAGGUGUUUGAUACAAUGCCUAAGAGAAAUGUGGUUGCGUGGAAUACACUUGUUUCCUGGUACGUGAAGACUGAGAGAUAUGAACAAGCAGUUAUGGAGUUUAUAAGGAUGAUGAGGAUGAGAAUAAAACCGAGUGCGGUUAGUUUUGUCAAUGUAUUUCCUGCUUUAUCAGGUUUAGGAUAUUAUAAUAAUGCUACUGUUCUCUAUGGAUUAUUAAUAAAAAACGGAGGGGAAUUUGUGAAUGACUUAUUUGUUGUGAGCUCUGCAAUAUUCAUGUUUGCAGAGCUUGGUCGUCUGGAUUUAGCUAGGAAGACGUUCGACCUUUGCUUGGAGAAAAACACAGAGAUUUGGAACACCAUGAUUGGUGGGUAUGUUCAAAAUAACUUUCCCACUGAAGCGAUUGACCUUUACCUUCAAGCAACAUCGUCAGAAGAGGCUGUUCUUGAUGAAGUCAGUUUCCUUUCAGCUAUAACUGCAGUUUCGCAGUUGCAACAGUUAAAGUUAGCUCAAGAGAUACAUGCUUACGUAAUCAAGAAUUUGAGAGUAAUACCUUUAUAUAUACAAAAUGCUAUUAUUGCCAUGUAUUCAAGGUGUGGUUCUGUUGAUAUAUCAUUUAAUAUCUUUCAUGAGAUGCCAGAAAGGGAUGUUGUUUCAUGGAAUACUAUGGUUUCUGCAUUUGUGCACAAUGAUUUGGAUGAUGAAGCUUUAAUGCUUGUGUAUGAAAUGCAGAAACAGAAGGCUAUGAUUGAUUCUGUAACUGUAACUGCCCUCCUUUCUGCAGCAUCAAAUCUUAGAAACCCAAAUGUUGGAAAGCAGACCCACGCUUAUUUAAUUAGGAAUGGGAUAGAAUUUGAGGGGAUGUACAGCUAUCUUAUUGAUAUGUAUGCAAAAUCAGGAUUGGUUAGCACUUUACAAAUACUCGUUGAGAAAAGUUCUACCCAUGAUAGAGAUCUUGCUACCUGGAAUUCUAUGAUUGCAGGGUACACUCAGAAUGGACUGAUUGAAGAAGCUUUUGUGGUUUUAAAACUGAUGCUGGAGCAAAAACUAGAACCAAAUGCUGUAACUUUAGCAUCUAUUCUCCCAGCUUGUAAUCCAAUGGGGAACAUAGAUUUAGGAAAGCAAUUACAUGGGUUCUCAAUUCGACAAUUACUGGACCAAAAUGUCUUUGUAGGAACUGCACUAAUUGAUAUGUAUUCCAAAUCAGGUGGAAUUUCUUAUGCUGAAAAUGUGUUUCAAGAAACCACUCUGAAGAAUUCUGUCACUUACACAACUAUGAUACUGGGUUAUGGUCAGCAUGGAAUGGGUGAAAAAGCUCUUUCUUUGUUUUACUCAAUGCAAGUUUCUGGCAUUAAACCUGAUGCCAUUACCUUUGUUGCUGUCUUGUCCGCUUGUAGCUAUGCUGGAUUGGUUGAGGAAGGUCUUCAAAUAUUUGAGUUGAUGGAGAAAGAAUAUGAUAUUCAACCAUCAACUGCUCACUAUGGAUGCGUGGCAGACUUGUUAGGCAGGGCUGGUAGGGUAGUUGAAGCAUAUGAGUUUGUUAGAGGAUUGGGUGAAGAGGGUAAUGUGCUGGAAAUAUGGGGAUCACUUCUCGGGGCAUGCAGAAUUCAUGAGCAAUUUGAAUUGGGAAAAGUUGUUGCAGAGAAGUUGCUUGAAUUGGGGACAGCAAAUGACAUGACAGGCUACCAUGUCUUGCUCUCAAAUAUGUAUGCAGAGGAAGGAGAGUGGGAACAUGUUGAUAAAUUGAGAAAACAAAUGAGGGAAAAAGGUUUGUGGAAGGAGACUGGGUGUAGUUGGAUUGAGGUUUCAAGUUUUGUUAACAGUUUUGUCACUAGAGACCAGAAACAUCGUCAGUGUGAUGAAAUAUAUGACAUGCUGGGAAAAUUAACAAUGGAAAUGAAGGCUGCUGGUUAUAGACCUUGUCUGAGCUCCACUUCCGAUGGAAUUAAUGACUCCAAUUAGUACUAUGGAUAGUUAUAAUGCUAUUCUUUGCAUUUGAAGGUUUUGGUGGGAAUUGUUGAGCUUCAUUGUUCACAGGGAACAUAGCAGGUCUCUGAAGCAGGUUAGUUUGAAACGAACUAACACCUGAUGCUGUCAAAUUUGUGAGCAUGGCCUAUGGUGGUGAAGCUGGCCAACAAAGUUGAACCCAUGUAGGUUGGAUAAAUACAUGGGCAUUGAACUGGCAUUGGCCAAAUUCAGAUUGCCACUCCUUGAAGUUGAAGGUUUGCAAUGCCUUUGCUCAAAUUCCGUUUUAUAUUUCCAUGGCAGGUGGUGGUUGCUCUUCCGGGUCCUUUAUAAACGGCCGUUCCAUUGCAAUAUGUUCCAGCAAUCUCAAAAUGUUUCCAAUGAACCUGCUGCUUUGAUUCAGACGCAUUACACAAUCAUAACCUCAACAUUUUCUUCUUAGCUUUCAAUGACAGCAUUAUAAAUUUGUAAGUAUAUUAUAACUGCCCUUAAUAAUGAUAUUUCAAACAAAUGAAAUAUCACAGAAAGAAAUAUGUUAAGCGAACAGCUCAAAAAAGAAAAAAAAACAGACCAAACGAAACAAAAUAUACAUUGUUGCGACACUCCUGUUACCUUAUACUAAGGAUUUUAUUUGAUA